ACAUUUAGAUUAUAUUCAAUACAAAAAUGAACUUAAUACUGCAAAAUAUUUUGCUAGGCCUGGUCAUCAUUAGCUGUUGUGUCGCAAAUAUUCCAGGUACCACUUAAAAUACAUCCUUAUUUCUUUAUAACUUCCUUCAUGGAAAUAGAAUGUCGAAUUGAGGAAGAGGGCAGGGAUUACAGAGGUUUUAAGAAUGUAACAGCUUCCGGUCAGGCAUGUGUCGAAUGGAGACUAUUGUUAAAUGAAAGCCAAUGGAAAGCCUUUCCUGAUAAUAGUUGGGAAGAGAUCGGUAAUAACUGCCGUAAUCCUGAUGAGAAAUCACAAGGUCUAUGGUGUUAUACUAAUCCAAAUAAUCGAAGCGAAUGGGAAUUCUGCAACGUUGAAAAAUGUCACGAUUUUGCUGAAUGCAAAUUUGACGAGGUGGCUUUAGGAUACAAAGGUUCACUCCGAAGGACGAGAACUGGUAAGGAAUGUCGAAAUGGGGAAUAUUGCCGAAAUCCUGAUAGAAAGCCAUUUGGUCCCUGGUGCUUCGUCGACGAUACAUCUUGGGAAUACUGCGAUGUUCCAUUCUGUAAAAAAUCCACUUGCUAUAAUGGUGACGGUGAAACGUAUGUUGGAACAACCAGUCUAACCGAAUCUGGCUAUAGAUGCCAAAGAUGGGAUAAGCAGGCCCCUCAUUCACACUCUUUUUAUAAUUCAUCUUAUUUCCCUGACGCAACUUUAUCCGACGCUUCCAAUUAUUGCCGUAAUCCUGCUGAUUCCAAGGACCGACCUUGGUGUUACGUUUUAUCAGAGGAACUAGAAUGGGAUUAUUGUGAAUUAGAUAGGUGCGAAAAUUCUUGCAAAACCUCGGAUAAUGGAAGAGAUUAUAUGGGGAAUAUAUCGAUCAGUUCUUCGGGUGGUAGUUGUUUAAGAUGGGACUCAGUUCAAAAUCCAAUCUAUAGAGAUAUUAAUCGAUUUCCGGAUUCUAGUCUCGAAGAAGCAUCAAACUAUUGCCGAAACCCUGCCGGUAUGUCGGAAGGACCAUUUUGCCUUGUUCAGAAAGAUUCGAACAUCUUAAUUGAAUUUUGUGAUAUUCCCAAAUGCUCCGAUAGUAGCAAGACCGUUGAAGAAGCAAAACAUGUCGUUAUAAUUGGAGUUGACGGAUUACAUUACGACUGCUAUAAAGAAGCUAGCGGAGGUGUCCCAAAUCUGCUUAGAAUGGAAAAACUUGGCACUUCGGCAAAUAAUCAAGCAAGAACAGUUUUACAUACAGUAUCUGGUCCUUCUUGGACAAAUAUAUUAUGUUCCAUGGAUUCCGAUGCCUCUGGUAUACAUGAUAAUGGGUGGAAGCCUCCAUAUAGAGGCUAUACAGAAAAUAUAUCACCGACUUCAGGGAAAAAUUUCCACCUACCAACUAUGUUUUCGCAGGCUAAAAGUUCUGACGUCACAAUAAGAACAGCUUUUUUUUACUCAUGGCCUUUUCUUAGGUUUCACGCCAGUUAUGGCGCACCCGGAACUCUAGACAAAGAAAUGAGAAUGAGUGGUGCAAGCGUUUAUGCGCUUGACGAAUGGGUUGUGGGAAAUGGAACAGCUUACUUGAAAAACGUUUUUGACUCAACUGAAAAAUCUUUGACAUUUUUCUAUUUUGAUAGUAUAGACGUGACAGGGCACACAAGUGGUUGGUGCGGCGAGGAAUAUUUAAAGGCCAUUGAUAACAUUGACAGAAUAAUUGGAAAAAUAUUAGAUACAAUCGAUGAGGAGGAAAAGGAAGAAGAAACUCUAGUCAUUCUUACAUCAGACCAUUCAGGUAUAUUUUAUGGUCACGGUCAAAUGUUAGAUGAAGUUCAAAGGAUACCGUUACUAAUAAAAGGACCUGGUGUAAGAAAAGACGCAAAAUUCACAUUACCAAUAAGUAAUGGCGAUUUAGCUCCAACAGCUAUGUCGGCUUUGGGGUUAAAACACAACAAAUUUUGGGUUGGAAAUGAUCUGUGGGAGGCCUAUAAACAAAUAUAAUACACUUACAGACUCGAUCAAUUAAAUGUAUAAUUUAUGAAUUUUAUUUAAAUGAUUAUAAUUAUAUUGACACUUUUAAGUGUUUUUCCCAUGAAAUCAUGACAAAAUUCUUUCAUAAAUAAAAGGAAACGGGUAAUGGAAUUUUAUAUAAAGCAAAUUUUUGACUGGACAAAGGAGAAUGAAAGGUAAAUAGAUAGAAGAAAGGAGAUUAUAAUAUAAUCAGUUUUUAAGUAAAUAAUAGCUAAGAGACGACAUCGAUUAUUUCUCAAUUAUUACAUUAGGUCCGUAAGAUUCAUAAUAGAAACCAGUUGAAGAGUUAGGCCAGAGCGUGAAUAAUUUCAAUUGUAGACAG